AUGGCAUAUUCUACCACCGAUCGAAGGCGCGUCUACCUAGCCUGCAGAGCCAUAUUUUCGGGACAGAAUGCUCAAGUUCGUAAAGCCAGGAAGGUCCGAGAGAUCGUGGAGAAGCGGCAAGCCACCAUUCCCCUUGUUAAAGACUUCGGGAUUGCAAAAGUCGUUGAGAUUUUACGUCUCUUGCUCGAAAACGGGGUCUUUCAGUCGGACCUGAAGGCCAAGGUGGAAUUUCCAGAGCUUUUUCAUUCCUUCCCAGACCGCGAUGCGCAGCGUACGGUGACAGAAAAGUGUGCGGCACAGUCGGUGGCAGAGGCUCUCGACGAAAUCAUGUCUAUGGGCGGGCCUGCGGACAAACAGGAUAAUGCUGGUGAUAUCGAGGACAGGGAAUUGAUUCCGCCUGCCGUUAAGCCAUUGCCUGCCUUCGAAGAAUUGAAACCGGCGGCUGAAGAAGAUUAUCCCCCGUCCCUCUACCCGUCGUAUUUUCCGUACAAAGCCCAACACAACAUUCUCACUAUCGUCCAGAGCACUCUCGAAGAUUGCUGCUUUGAGUUUGCCAAAAGAUGGAUCCCGUCUGUGCUCGACAGCAAGGGGUGGGAUUGCGCAGAGGCCGUUGAGCUCACGAAGUGGACGAGUAUCUUGCAUUCGCACUCGAACAAUCUUUCGCCCAGCGCUCUUCAAAUCACCGGCCCCCCUUUGCGCGAUAUCCUCAGCUCAGCGCAUCGAAUCCGGCACACAGCUGUCCAUCGGCUUCCAACGACGGCGCGAGGAAUUAGCCAACUGGUUGAGACUGCCGUGAACUACACCGAAACCCUACAGGACUCCGUCCGCAGCCUAAAGCUGGAUGAACUCCAUAAUGAGAUCGAUAGCAAGAUCAAAGCCAUGGAAAUGAACAAGAAUGCCCUUGAAGAUACCGUCUGCCAAGAGCUCGACAUCAUCCAUCAGAAACGAGAAGAGCUUGAUAGGAAGGAGGCAUAUCUCAUUGAAAAGAUGAAAAAGGACGACCGUGAGAAUAAGGCUCUGAUAGGCUCGCUGCUGGAAGAUUCAAUCAGGAGAAUUUUCAGUGAAAACGAGCCGCAGGCCACUAUGGAAGAUGACGAGGACAAUGCGGGCUCUAGGUCAAACGAUGAAGCAAACGGUUAUGCAUUCCAAUCUGCUGCCCUCGGUUCAGCCUCCGCCCAAUUGUCCGAAUGCCGCAUGUCCCCAGGGGAAAAUGCUGAUAUGCCAAAUCCAAUUGAAAUUAUUGAAUAA